AUGAAAGGUAUUGGCUCUGUUGCUGCCGUGCUGCUUUUGAUGCUAAUACAAAAUAGUUGCCAAAAACCAAUGCACGACACGGAAGAAAUAUCCAGUACACUGGAGACAUCAGAGAAACAAUUGGAUAAGUCCAAUUCACUGCAGGAUGUGAAACGCCAUUCUGAAGGCACCUUUGCCAGUGAUUACAGUAAAUAUAUGGACAAUAGACGUGCAAAAGACUUUGUACAAUGGCUAAUGAAUACAAAACGAAAUGGUGACAAAACAAAGAGACAUGCAGAAGGAACUUAUACAAGCGAUGUAAGUUCUUAUCUAGAGGUGAAGGCAGCAAAGGACUUUAUUGACUGGCUAAUAAAGGGACGUGGCAGAAGGGAGUUUCCAGAAGAAGGUAAAGAAAACCUGAAUGAAGUGAUUCCUGAGGACAUGGACAGAAGGCAUGCUGAUGGAACCUUCACCAGUGAAAUUAGUGUUGUCUUGGACACCAUGGCUGCCAAGGAGUUUUUGAACUGGCUCAUAAACUCCAAAACCAUCCAGUCAAGGUAA